AUGGGUGAGAAGCCUUUAGUCGAGCGUAUGCGUCAUCUUCUUUCUCUCACAGCAAGCCUUUGUGGUUCCAAUUUCCCCGCUGAGAAGUGUGACGACUUACGUACGGUACCCGCUGCUUGUCGCCAUCUUGGCCUACUCUGGAAGAUUACUGAUGAUCGUCUG